AUGGCGGGCGUUUAUAUGUGGAAGCUGGUAUUCAUCGGUGUUUUAACAGCUUCUGUAGCAGUUCUGAUUGCCUGGUAUAUGCGGGAAAGCCUUGAUCCUGAAUCACUUCGAGGUAAAAAGGUGGUUAUUUGUGGAGCAUCCACAGGUAUCGGAGAGGAACUUGCAUAUCAAUACGCGAAAUUUGGCGCUCAAGUGUUGCUUGUCGCCAGACGAGAAGCGGUCCUUCGAAAGGUUGUCGCACGCUGUGGCGAACUGGGCGCUCAAACGGCAAGCUAUGUUGUAGCGGAUCUGUCUUCGUUGGAGGGUGCCAAGCAAUUAGCUGCAGUAAGUUUUAUAUAGUUUUUGUCAGGAUUUCCUGUCAAGUAGCCUUGGUUACUUGGUUAUGCACCUGCUAAGAGGAGAGGGUGAGCGGGGAGGGGGGUGGGGGAGGGGAGGAUAGGGGUCUUAAAACCUUCCAUAGACUGCGAGCAGUCUCUUACUUUUUUUUGAGUCAUGGAGAUCAAGAGCAUGCGUGAGGGGCGAGUGGCAAGGCUACGAGUAAUGAGAGCGGAAGUGCCAGUGAAGAAAAAAUAAGAGACUGAUGGGAUCUGGCGAUUUUCUGCUUUUCAUGCCUCCUUAAUUGCUGUUCUUGACAGCUCCUUCGUUUCUGACAAUUGACACCAUUUCGCAUGAAUUCUCUGUAAACAACAGUUUGUCUUUGAUUGCCCUUUCACUGUUGUUUGGUGUGGGAUGUUAGUUCUCCAGUUAUCUGUUAGUUAGUUCUCCAGUUAUCAAUUGCCAUCGACCUUUCAUCAUCACAUACUGAAGUCUGAACUUGGUAAAAUGACAGACAUUGAGUCUAUAUGUUUGGGUCAAUUCAAUAAACCUUUUCUACAUAUAGUUUACAAGUGUAGCUAUUGUUUUAGAGUUUGAAAACAAAUAACCAUGCACUUGUAAAUUUUACUUGUAUUUAAGUAACUUGGAGAUAGUGAUUUCAUGAGAUGCACUAAGGUUGGGCAUGCCAUUUCACAUUGAAAUAGAGUACUAAAGUGUGACGUCAUAAAAAUGAAAUUUCUGAAAUUAUGGGAUUUGUCCGGAUAUUCUGAAUGAACAAUGUCCAAGAGGCCUACUUCCCAAAAAUGAGCAUUGCGGGGCAAAUUGUCUCUGAGAUCGUAGCCCAGUUAUGUUUGGAAAACUCCAUACAAACCCUUCUAAAUUUCUUUGGGGUUGACCCAAAAAAAUAUAGAAGGGUUUGUAUGGAGUUUUCUGAGUUUAACCGGCUAACAUCUCAGAGACAAUUUGCCCCGAAAUGCUCAUUUUUGGUAAGUAGGCCUAUUGGACAUUGUUCUUUCAGAAUAUCCUCACAAAUCCCAUAAUUUCAAAAAUUUCAUUUUUAUGACAUCAUCACUUUAGUACUCUAUUGGCAACAAAAUGGCCCAUCUUAAAUGCCAAUUUUAUUUCCUGAACUAUUUCGAACACUUUGUAGGAGACCAAAAAGCUGUUUGAUGGGGGGCCAGACAUCCUCAUCCUCAACCAUCUGAUGAGUUUUUAUGGAUUUUGGAAUGAGAACAGUGACCUCAACAAACUCCCGCAAUACUAUGCAGUUAACACCAUCAGUUAUAUUAACAUAGCAACAUUACUUCUUCCUGAACUCCAGAAGACUAAUGGAAGCAUUGUAGUGGUUUCAUCAUUUGUAGGCGUUGUUCCUGCGCCAAGAACUGCGCCAUACUGUGGUAAUAAGCAUGCUCUACAUGGAUUUUUUGACACAUUGAGGCAGGAUUUAGCAAUUCAAGGACGCCAAGGCAUCACUAUAACCUUGUAUGUCCUUGGAUAUAUAGCAACAGCAAAUGCUCAUAAGGGCUCAGAAGGUACUCCAGUUUAUGACAGUGUUAAACGCGAGCCUGUCGAUGAAUGUGCUCUUGCUAUGAUCAAAGGAAUUGCUCUCAGAAAGCGGCAGAUGUAUUUUCCCUGGUACCUUAGCAUUGUAGAAACAGUACAUUUCUUUUUUCCAGACUUUGUAGAAAGUGUAAUCCAAGUUGCAAGUAAUGAAAAACCAGUCCAGGACAUGUGGAAUUGGUAG